UUGUUCUUGAAAUUCUUAUCCCAAAUCAACUCUCCUUGAUUUGCUCAAAAUACAAAAUUGUUCUUUCCUUUUAUAUAGACACCCACCCUUAUCUUCCCUAGUGUUAAUUCUCUGUUUUCUCUCUCCAAUCUUGCUUCCCCUCUGUCUCUGAUCAGUUUCUUGGGCAUUUGGCUUUUUAGUAAUGGCUGAGAAAACAAUUCUUGUGACUGGUGGGGCUGGGUUCAUUGGCAGCCAUACUGUAGUACAGCUUCUUAAAGAAGGUUUUAGGGUUUCAGUCAUUGACAAUCUUGAUAAUUCUGUUACUGAAGCUGUUGAUAGGGUCAGGGAAUUGGUGGGUCCUCAGCUUUCUGAAAAACUACAAUUCAAUAAGGGUGACAUUAGGAACAAGGAUGAUUUGGAGAAGUUGUUUUCUGGGACUAAAUUUGAUGCUGUGAUCCAUUUUGCUGGGCUAAAGGCAGUUGGGGAGAGUGUUGCAAAUCCUCGUCGUUAUUUUGACAAUAAUUUGAUUGGCACUAUCAACCUGUACGAGGUCAUGGCAAAAUAUAACUGUAAGAAGAUGGUAUUCUCAUCUUCUGCAACUGUUUAUGGGCAACCUGACAAAAUACCAUGUGUUGAAGAUUUCCAGUUAAUGGCAAUGAACCCUUAUGGAAGAACUAAGCUUUUCCUUGAAGAAAUUUCUCGAGAUAUUCAGAAGGCAGAACCAGAAUGGAGAAUCAUUUUACUAAGAUACUUCAAUCCUGUAGGAGCACAUGAGAGUGGUAAACUUGGUGAAGAUCCCAAGGGUAUCCCAAACAAUCUCAUGCCUUACAUACAGCAAGUGGCUGUUGGCAGAUUGCCUGAACUCAAUGUAUAUGGUCAUGAUUAUCCCACGAAGGAUGGUAGUGCGAUCCGAGACUACAUCCAUGUUAUGGACUUAGCAGAUGGCCACAUUGCUGCUCUUCGGAAGCUUUUUACAACAGAGAAAAUAGGUUGUGUAGCCUACAACUUGGGUACAGGACGUGGAACAUCAGUGCUUGAAAUGGUUGCUGCAUUUGAAAAAGCUUCUGGCAAGAAAAUUCCUAUCAAGUUGUGUCCAAGAAGGCCUGGAGAUGCUACAGCUGUUUAUGCUUCCACAGAUAAAGCUGCCAAAGAACUAAAUUGGAAGGCUAAAUAUGGCAUUGAGGAGAUGUGCAGAGACCAAUGGAAAUGGGCUAGCAACAAUCCAUGGGGUUACAAGUCAAAGCCUUGAAUAUUCGUUCUUGUGCUUGCAAACUACACAUUUUUUUUGUCCUCUGUACUGUAAUAGUUUACCAUUCUCCACUCUUUGCAAAAUAAACAUCUCUAUUUCCUUGAAUUAACAACAUUAAAUUGGUUCAUUAA